AUGGUAGAUCCAAUGGACGGGUUUGAUUCAAAAUUGAUCAAAGAGAUUGAGAAACAUGAUAACAAUGAGAUAUGUGAAUCAUCUUCUGAAACUGAGAUUGAUGAGUACAUCAUGCUGCAUUCGGCCCAUAAGAAUCACCUCUUUGGACGCCAGAAGCCUCUUCAAUUGGUUCUUGGCGGUGGCAAACAUGCCAAUAUCAUACUGUGGCGAAACACGCAGAUCUCAACACGCAUUUUUGCCGGUGUCACAGUCGUAUGGUUUCUGUUUGAGUGCAUAGGUUAUCACUUGCUCACUUUUGUUUGCCACUUUCUUGUUCUAUCAUUGGCAACGAUCUUCCUGUGGUCCAACGUAGCCUCCUACAUCAAUGUGUCGCCCCCGAAUCUCCCAGAGGUUACCCUGCCAGAUGAACUGUUUGCGAGUUUCCUUCUUUUGCUAAGGGGUGUCAUUAACCGUGCAUGUACAACCUUCCAGGAUGUAGCUUCUGGGAAGGAUUUGAAGAAGUUUCUUAAGGUGAUUGUGGUUUUGUGGGUUCUCUCUGUUAUUGGCAGUUGGUUCAGUUUUCUGACCUUGCUAUACUUAUUGUUUGUAAUGCUAAUGACAGUGCCAGUGCUGUAUGAGAAAAAUGAACAUGCUGUGGACAUUUAUGCUGAGAAGUUGUGGUCUCAAGUGAAGAAGCAGUUAGCUGUCUUGGAUGAAAAUGUUCUUCAAAAGAUCCCAGUAUUUGGCUCUGAGAAGGAUCAUAAGCAGCAUUAA